ACUUUCUUUUAAGUCCUUAUGUUCUACUAAAUUACAUAUCCUUCCAAAAGUAACUGCCCAAAUUUUGAAUUUGAAUAACCACACCCCCAUCAUUUUAGAGUUUCACCCCACCACAACUGGCCCAUUUUCUUGAUUUUCCAACGGUGAAAUGGCCGGUCUGCAUACCGCCCUGAGGCCGCAACCACCGUCUUCCGCCGCCAACAAUCAUUCCUUCAUCGCGAAGCUUCUCCUCCUCCUGACCCUUCUCCCUUUAUCGCUUGCUCUUUUUGCUUUCUUUCUUCAGUGGCGAGGCGGUGGCGUCGACGAUCCAAUCUCCCGAUGGUCGCUCGAUGAGUCCCAUAAGUUCCCUGGUAUGGACUCCUCCCCUCUGGCCACCGUGGGACACUCAUCUUCUUUGCAUUCCUCUGAUUGUUCUAUGCUGUUGGGCCAUUCCAACACGGCGUCGUUUCCUUACUUCAGAGACUGGAAAUUUAAAUUUGAAUCCGAUCUGAAGCCCAAGAUAUGUAUUACCACAAGUACAGCUGCUGGCUUAGAGCAGAUUUUGCCAUGGAUGUUCUAUCAUAAAGUUGUCGGGGUGUCAACCUUUUUUCUUUUUGUUGAAGGGAAGGCUGCAUCUCCUGCUGUGGCCAAAGUCCUUGAAUCCAUUCCUGGAGUGAAAGUAAUAUACCGAACCAAAGAGCUGGAAGAGCAACAAGCUAGGAGCCGGAUCUGGAAUGAAACAUGGCUGUCAAGUUUCUUCUACAAGCCUUGCAAUUAUGAGCUUUUCGUGAAGCAAUCUCUGAACAUGGAGAUGGCUAUUGUUAUGGCAAGGGAUGCUGGUGCUGACUGGAUAAUUCAUCUGGACACUGAUGAAUUGUUACAUCCAGCCGGUGCUCGAGAGUAUUCUUUGAGGCAAUUGCUACUUGACGUACCUGGGAAUGUGAACAUGGUUAUCUUUCCCAACUAUGAGAGCAGCGUUGAACGAGAUGACAUCAAGGAACCUUUCACAGAGGUAUCGAUGUUCAAGAAGAAUUAUGAUCAUUUAACAAAGGACACUUAUUUUGGCAUGUAUAAGGAGUCAACCCGUGGCAAUCCAAACUACUUUUUGACCUACGGAAAUGGGAAAUCAGCUGCUCGAGUCCAAGACCAUCUUCGUCCCAAUGGUGCACACAGAUGGCACAAUUACAUGAAAACUCCAAAUGAGAUCAAAUUGGAAGAGGCUGCUGUUUUACAUUACACAUAUUCCAAGUUUUCUGACUUGACUUCUAGGCGGGAUCGAUGUGGUUGUAAGCCUACAAAGGAGGAUGUUAAACGAUGCUUUAUGUUGGAAUUUGAUAGAGCUGCAUUUAUAAUUGCUUCAACUGCCACAGAGGAGGAGAUGUUAAACUGGUAUCGAGAGCAUGUUGUGUGGACUGAUAGAACUCUCAAUUUGAAAUUGUUGAGGAAGAGCAUUUUAACUCGCAUAUAUGCUCCGAUGACCAUCAUUCAGGGUUUGAGGGAGUCUGGUGUAUUUGGUGCUGUCAUUGCAUCUGCUCAAGGAUCUCUCUCGAAGGACAAGUUUUUAGCAUCCGUUGCGACCAAUAAUUCCUCAAGGAUGACUUCUGCUUCUGAAUCAUUUACAUCAAGGAAGAUAGGUAGGAACAUAGAGUCUCAGUCAACAGCUAGAACAACUCUUGAAAUUAUUCCGUUUGCACCUCACGAACCUGCUGUCCCGCCAUUAUCUCCCCCUACCAUCCAGGAUGACGACCUUACAAAUGAAGCAUAAGUCCCCCGCAUGAUUGCUGCCUUUUUACUUUCUAAUGUGAAAGAACCUGGUUUUUCCUCUCUGGAAUACAGAGGACUUGGAAGGAUCUAACAAAGCAAGCAGAUCAGCGGUUGGGAUUCCCGAUCAUUACCCAAGCGGAGGUGUAUAUUGUUACAGAAAAUAUGAGAGAGAGAGAGAGAGAGAGAGAGAGAGAGAGAUGCCGGGUUGAGGAGAAGGGGCUUUUUGGCCCUACAACUCGAUAUUUUAGAUAUGCUAACAAUGGAUUAUGUACAGAUUUCUUCGAGCAUUCAUCAGCCGGAUUAUUUUAGUUGUAUAGUGCUAUUACCAUUUCAUUGAGCGAUAUUGUA